CGCCCUGGCCCCUUCCCGGCCUCGCGGCGCCCGCGGGGCCCCGGAGCGCACGAGUGAAGAUGGCGGCGGCUGCGGGAAGGCUGCUCCGGGCUGCGGUUGCUCGGCACGUGAGCACCAUUUCCAAAGGCAUUUCUUCCUCUGCUUCCCUUAUGCCUAUUGCUUCUAGAAGAACGUGCUUGACAAACACGCCAUGGCCUGGCUCUGCCCAAGGAAAAUUUGCCUUUAGCACCAGUGCAGCGGACCAUGCCCCUGCUGUCACCCAGCAUGCGCCCUAUUUUAAGGGCACAGCUGUUGUCAGUGGAGAGUUCAAGGAGAUAAGCCUUGAUGACUUUAAGGGGAAAUACUUGGUGCUCUUCUUCUACCCUUUGGAUUUCACCUUUGUGUGUCCUACGGAAAUUGUUGCUUUUAGUGACAAAGCCAAUGAGUUCCACGACGUGAACUGUGAAGUGGUUGCCGUGUCCGUGGACUCCCACUUCAGCCAUCUUGCCUGGAUCAACACACCGAGGAAGAGUGGUGGUUUGGGCCACAUGAACAUCACACUCCUGUCGGAUUUAACGAAGCAAAUAUCCCGGGACUAUGGUGUGCUUUUGGAAGGUGCUGGCAUUGCACUCAGGGGCCUCUUCAUAAUUGACCCCAACGGAGUCAUCAAGCACCUCAGUGUCAACGACCUCCCAGUCGGCCGCAGUGUGGAAGAGACCCUCCGCUUGGUGAAGGCGUUCCAGUUUGUGGAGGCCCACGGAGAAGUCUGCCCAGCAAACUGGACACCAGAGUCCCCUACAAUCAAGCCGAGUCCGGUGGCUUCCAGGGAAUACUUCGAGAAGGUCCAUCAGUAGGCCAUCCUGCGUCCCAUGUACGCCCAUAGCUUCUCACGUCAGAAAAGAGCCAAGGCAAGAAAGAAAGAAAAAAUGAAGAACGAAAUGCUUGGCAUUUUGAAGAUUAUUUGCAGACCGCAAAGCCAAUCAUGCUUGCAUUUGUACGCACCGCUCCAUGUUUUGUUUCUGGCUCCGGCUGCGGCUUUCUGAAGGUGGCUAGCUGCUAGCAGGAGUCUUCAUUGGUUCAUCGUGGUAGCUUGUACGUUCCCACGAAGGCCUGGUCCCCCUUCCUUAGACCACCUCUUCAGAGGGUAGAGGACAGUCUCCUUAGCCUUCCUUGAACAUUUGUCUACACCAAACUAGCGCAAGCUUCUAGUCAGGGGUCCUGACAUUUCCUUUAAAAUCCCCUCAGGUUAAACUGAGCUGUCCUCUGUGAUCUGUUUUGUCAUGAGGUUCAUUCAGCAGGCUAAGUAUGUGAUGGAAAAUGAAUCAUAUUAUUAAAAGUACAGUGAUAAAGUGACUUAAGUGAUCAUGCAUGGUCCCCAUUAUCUAUUAACUGACAUAGUAUCUCUGAUUAGGUGUCAUUAUGAAGGAGAUCUGUUUAAUCCAGGGAUCAUAUUUUGAAAUUAUUUUGUUUGCUUGAUAUAAAAAAUAAAGAUAUUUUAAAAUA